GAACAGUCUACUUACAACUGGCGCACCUGUUGCACCAUUUCCCGCCUCUCUCGCACGACUGGCUCGUUACCGCCGCUUUUUUUCUUCUGCCUCCUCUACUUCUGGUCGCGCUGCGCUAGGCUCCUUUCGACCACGACGACGGAGGUGAACCUGCUCAUUCGAGGAGAGAAAAACGCAGCUGCUGUGUGCCAUCGAUACUACUCCUUUUUUUCUCUCGCGACACAUCAUCGAGACCUUGGCUGACGGGAGAAUGUCGCAGGACAAUUACGGAUUUACCGGCAGUACGGACUCAAUCGAUCCGAAAAGGCAAAAUCCAUUCGAAAACAAUGGAAGCAAGUACACGGCGAAGGACAACUCAAACAACUUUAGCGUUGUCGAGCUUGAGGACAAGAGAAAAAUCGCCAAGGAAUUAGAAGGGGACUACGAUCCGUACAAGCAUCGGGAAGUUCAACACCCGACGACAUUUUGGGAAACGCUGUUCCAUCUGAUGAAAGGCAGUCUGGGAACAGGAAUCCUGGCUAUGCCAAAGGCCUUCGAGAACGCGGGCUAUGUGGUCGGAACGAUCGGCACUAUAAUUAUCGGCUUGCUUUGCACAUAUUGUAUACGGGUUCUAAUCAAAUCAGAGUACGAGCUCUGCAAGAGGAGAAAAGUUCCGUCGAUGACUUAUCCGGGAACCAUGCAGGCCUCGCUGGAAGAGGGUCCGAAAUGCUUGAGGCGCUUCUCCAAAUAUUGCCCGCACAUUUGCAACACGUUUCUGAUGGUUUACCAGUUGGGCACAUGCUGCGUCUACACUGUGUUUAUAGCUGAAAAUUUGAAGAAGGCAAUGGACAACUACGUCAAUCCCGAUAUCGACUUACGCUUUUACAUGUUAGCACUGCUGCUGCCUUUGAUUCUGAUCAACUGGGUCAGAAACCUCAAGCUCCUGGCACCUCUGUCGACCAUCGCUAACUUCGUUACGUUCGCCAGUUUUGCCAUCAUCCUGUACUACCUCUUCAGAGACCCCAUCGAUUUCACUGGAAGACAAACGAUCGGCGAUGUUGCCAAUUUCCCGCUGUUCUUGGGCACGGUUCUAUUCGCCCUUGAGGCUAUAGGCGUGAUCAUGCCUUUGGAGAACGAGAUGAAGCAACCGAAAAAGUUCAUGAAUCCCUGCGGUGUUCUCAACAUCGGUAUGGCUCUCAACAUUAUAUUGUACGUGGGCAUAGGAUUCUUUGGAUACAUCAAGUACGGCGAUAAGGUAUAUGGAACCAUCACCACUAACUUGCCGGAGGACGAGGUGCUGUCGUCCGUCGUGCAGAUACUCCUUGCCCUAGCCAUAUUCGUCACUCACUCGCUGCAGUGCUACGUUGCCAUCGACAUCUCGUGGAACGAAUACAUCCAGCCGAGAAUGAAGCACACAUCCAACCUGAACCAACUGAUCUGGGAGUACGUCGUGAGGACCUGCAUUGUCAUCCUUACUUUUAUCUUGGCUGUCUCGAUCCCACUGCUGGAGCUUUUCAUCUCGUUGUUCGGUGCUCUCUGUCUGGCGAUGUUGGGCAUUUCUUUCCCAGCUCUGAUCCAGAUCUGCGCCUUCUGGAAGGUCAAGUCCUCCAAAGAGCGUGUCUUCCUCGCAACUAGAAACAUCGCUGUCAUCCUGUUCGGCUUACUCGGUCUGGUCAUCGGCACUUACACGAGUCUCGAAAAGAUUGUCAUAGAGCUUGGAAAGAUGAAGUGAAUCGUGCAAAGUCACGUGAGUCAUAUUGCAAAGGAAAGUAUUAUCGAGCGUAUAGCGCGAAAAUCUAGUAUUUCGCGAUCAAUGUUCGAUCAAGCUCUCUAAGAGCCAAACAACAGGGAAUCUAUAAUUGCAUUUCGCAAGGAAGCUUUUCCGUACGAGUAUAUACCAGUAUAUAUUGAACUACUUCUUUUCUGCUCAGAACAAAUGCGUUGCUAGUCCAGCAGUCGGCGAUUAAUCUAAGUUUUACGUAAGGUUAACUUAAGUUGUUCAUUAAUAAGCUUGUAUGACGUGAUGUUCAUUUUUAUUAGAGCCGAUGAUGCGUGAAAAAGGACCGUAGGAGGCGUGCAUCUCAAACAAUGCACGUACACAGUAAUUAUAUUACACCGACACUGCGACGCUGGCGUGGUGCUCAUAUUGAUCGAUCGAAGUAGCUUAAUCUUAGACGAGAUCUUGUAGCUAUUACUAAUAUUAACAUUUUUAGAGUUCACCAAUUCUAAUGCGCUCUGUUUGGAGCACAUAUUUUUUCAUCGACAAUAGUCAGAAAGUAAAAAUCGUCGAAUGCCACAUUGUUACAAUAUUAUAAUCAACUUUUACAAUAUCAACAGAAAUUGGUAACUCUAGGCAGAACCGAUCGCAUCAGAAAUUGUCAAAUCGACGUUUUUUGGACGACGACCGGCUUACGUCAUGAUUGAAUUUUUUUACUAUCUAAAUUACUCUAUAUUAUAGCACUGUCAUAGUUAAUAAAACGUUUUGCUUAUCAUUCAGAGUGUGCUAGGACCUACGCAACGCAAGUUUAGAUUUGAUCUUAAUGAAGUAUCGAUUUCUUGUUAAUUUUUGUCAUUAGUGUCGAUACAAGUUCGCGAUUUUAAAAAUAACCGGCUGUUGUUUAUAUAUAAGCCUCGAAUGAUCUUUGCGCGAGGAAAAUACCGGAGUCUGAGAUUGUUACCUUGACAAGUCUAGGUGUAGAAAGCUAAACACCGCUUUUCCAAUUUUUACACAAAAGAUCGAGUGCCAUUGAUCAUAUCAUCAUUAUUUAAUUCAUAUAGCUCUUGUUGAUAUUACCUUAAACAGCGUUUUUAAUUAAUUCUUAUAUUCUUGCUAUCACUUAAUAGUUUUGAACUAUACACAAUUUUUACCAACAUUUUCAAAACCUUUUCAACUUUCGAUAGCAUUUAUGAAGCGUUAUUGUUAAUAGUCACAUCUAUAAAUUUAAACUAUCAAACAAUUUUUCUGUAAUAUAUUUGUAAUUUGCACUAAUCAUUUGCAAGUUCCUAGUAACGCUUGUGACAGUGUAAAUAAGUAUUUACGCAGUAGCCUUAUUAUAGCAAUAUUUUACUUUUGUAGUAAAAUAUUUUGUACUGCUGUUAUACAACAAAUAUUGGUUUUAACAUUCCACUGAAGAAAAUGUCCGCUGACAAAGAUGAAAAUGUUACAAUAUAUAAUGCAUACUAUCGCGGAUAUUUUUACAAUGGGUCACCAACGUUUUUGUAUAUGAAGUAGCGAUAUAUAUUCUAUAUCAUCAAGCAUAACUAGUUUAAGGAACCGUUUACUUAUGAGCAAUCCGAGCGACUUACUAUAGUCAUUACUAUACACAUUGAUUAUAUUUUACUAACAGGUAGAUAGCUGUUUAAACAAGCAAGUAUAUUUUUAUCGCAUUUAAAAAUUAAUAGUAUAGAUGAUAGCUUUGUGUAUGUUUAUAGUUUUUCGCUCGGACUGACUUAUUAAGAGCAAUUGUGAUGUUUUUAAAACUUCGCAUCCCGUGAUAGAUGUAUAUAUCAAAUUGACGUUCUUGUUUAUUACAGACAAACAUUAAUAUUAUCUGUACAUUUGUAAAUAUAUGUCAUUUUCAUGACUACGAACUAGUGUAUUUAAUAAAAUAAUUAUUUCGUUAAA